AUGACGCGUGAUUGUAUUGAAGAAGAAGACUUCUGGAAUAUUUUGUUCUCUGAAGAUAUUUUACAGAUAGUUGUUCAACACACUAAUAGAAGAUUACAAGAUAUGAGGCAUAAAUACGAGAAGGAAGAUCGACCCGAGUUGAAAGACAUCGAUGUUAUUGAAUUACGAGCACUCAUAGGAUGCCUGCUUUUGACUGCUAUUUUCAAAAGCAAUAAAGAAGAUACUGCGUCUUUGUUUGCCACAGAUGUAAAAGGAAGGGAAAUAUUUCGAUGUAGUUUUUAG